AUGGAGAAUUUCAUAAAAAUUGAAAAAAUCGGAGAAGGUACAUAUGGAGUAGUAUAUAAAGGAAAACAUAAAAAAACUGGAGAAAUUGUAGCUAUGAAGAAAAUUCGCUUAGAAAGCGAUGAUGAGGGAAUACCAUCAACCGCUAUCAGAGAAAUUUCACUACUUAAAGAAUUGAGUCAUCCAAAUAUUGUGAGUUUAAUUGAUGUAUUGAUGGAAGAAUCAAAACUAUAUCUUAUUUUUGAGUAUUUGACUAUGGAUCUGAAGAAAUAUAUGGAUACUUUAGGCAACAAGUUAAUGGAACCAGAUAUGGUCAAGUCAUAUUUAUUUCAGAUCACACGUGCGAUUCUGUUUUGUCAUAAGCGCAGAAUAUUACACCGUGACUUAAAACCACAAAAUUUGCUUAUUGAUAAAUCUGGAGUUAUUAAAGUAGCAGAUUUUGGAUUGGGAAGAGCCUUUGGAAUCCCAGUUAGAAUAUAUACACAUGAAGUAGUGACAUUGUGGUAUAGAGCACCUGAGAUUCUCCUUGGUGCUACCAGAUAUUCCUGCGCAAUUGAUAUGUGGAGUAUUGGAUGUAUUUUUGCAGAGAUGACAACGAAAAAGCCAUUGUUCCAAGGAGACAGUGAGAUAGAUCAACUGUUUAGGAUAUUUCGAAUACUGAGAACACCUACAGAAGAUAUUUGGCCAGGAGUCACACAGCUAUCAGAUUACAAAGCGACGUUUCCGAAUUGGAUGACAAAUAAUUUGGAAUCUCAGGUGAAGAGCUUGGACAAAAAUGGGCUGGACUUGUUACAGUCUAUGCUCACGUACGAUCCUGUGUACAGAAUAUCUGCACGAGCGGCAUUGCUGCACCCUUACUUCAAAGAUUUAGAUAAAUUGAAAAUACCAGCUGCAUAAAACAAACAAAAGUACGUCGAAAGAAUAAAAAUUUUGUAUGAUUAGUUUUAAUUGCCUGAACGGGAUUUAUUUUAUAAAAGAUUUAAUUGGUAAUUUAGUCACACAUUUCGUACAUUAGUAUGUGUUUAAUUGGUUCACAUUUCAGUAACCUUAAUUAAGGCUCCUGGCCCCUCGCAUUGUGUUAGAAUAAAAGGGGAGUGCAUGGAAUAUCUUACAAAUUUGUUUUAAUUGUUACAAAUCAAUUGUUCAAUUUGUUACAAAUCGAUCGAGAGUGUUAUUUUAUGGAUAUAUUUAUUUUAACGUAUUUUGCAAGAAUUUUUAGUAUACAUUUUCUCGCUUCUGACAUCAUUAAAAAAAAAGAGAUAAACAGGGCGAGAGGCCAGGAGCCUUAACGUUAUAUAUAUUCAAAUUCAUGUUUUAAUUGUCAAUUUGGCUUACCUCAUUGUACAAUUUGUCAUGUAACAUUCCACAUGCAUCUUUUAACACAUUUUUUAAUGAAAGAUAUCUUCAAGAUCCUUUUUGAAGAUUUUUAAAAUAUCAAUUCUCCCGAAUAGAUUAUACCAAUUGUAAUUAUACCACUUAAUUUAAUUUACGUCUUAUUUUCUUUUAUACGGUUUAUAAUUGUAAACGGACUAAUAGUAUAAGGCAGGAUUGAUAUCUUGUAACAAGAUUUUAUUAUUAUAUGCAUUUAUUCUAUUACAUACUGAUAAUUAAAAUAUCACAAAUUGCUUACAAGUGCCUUGCACUUACAAGUGCCUUAGCACAAAAUACAUAUAUUCUUAGAAGAAUAUGGCAUUGCUUAUAAGAGUUUGCACUUAAUGUAUGUUUUGCACUUUAAAUAAAUAAUAUUUUUAUUCUA